UGAUUUUAGUAUUUGGCAACCGCCGCCGUCACGCCUCAAACUCAAUGCUUGACUGUAACGUCUGUGGAAAGUUGUUCGAGGCUACAAGAAGUGAAAGCAUAAAGUCUACAAGCGUCUCGUUUCCUGUCCCCGCAGUCAGCGAGCCUCAGAGAUGAAGCCUGCACGGCUGCCAUUGCCGCUGCGUCUGUGCGUCCACGUUCUACUCAUUGGUUUAUCUGGAUCCCUAAAUAUUACGGUCCCUACGGAGCCUGUACGGGGGAUAGUCGGCGACUCUGUCCUACUGCCGGUCACCUACAACAUUGCCGAUCCUCCGGCCACUCUGCAAGUCAUUUGGAGCCAUGAGAAUUCCAUCAUCCUGUUUUCGGAGAUGACCAUGUGUGUCCGCGAAGAGCCCCCGACCCUGGAAAUUACAAAUGAGUACAACAUUGUGGUGGGGCGCUAUCAGAAGCGUGCGGUAUUCUACCCAGGAAACGCCUCCCUCUUGCUCAGGGACGUCCAGCGGAAUGACUCGGGGCGAUACACUGUGACCUUUCAGGAGCUGAACCAAAGCCGAUCCAUGAUGGUGGCCAUACACCAUGCUACGGUGAAAUCCAGUGACCCCGACUCCACACCAUAUUUCGAUGAUGAAGAGGAUCGCGAUGACAAGCAGCAUUUAACUCGAUCCCUCGCUGUCAGAGGAAUGUGUGCUGCCAUUUUUGCUUUGCUUAUACUGGGUCUGCACUGUACGUGGUGGAGACAGACCAGAAAGUACCAGACUGAAAUUCUUUAAAAAUUUGGGAAAAAUAAGAUAAUGAUGUUAUAAAAACCCAAUUGGAUCACCUGCAAAAUAAUGGCAGAAAUACAUUGUUCUCCAAUCUGGGAUCCGAUGGUUGGGAUUUCUAAGUGGCCCAACAUUCUCCGUCCACACAGCGUUAUGGUCCACAUGGUGGGACGUCGGACUUUGUAAGGAUUGUCUGGUUGGGCAGGACCAGUGAAGGGGACAAUACUGAUCUGCUUUCACUGCUUGCUGUCACGUUCUCAUAGCAGGUACCUUCAGCCACCAGUAGGUGGUGCUCACUGCAGACAGAUGUAUACAGUACCGUUUGAAUACUAGCUGUAUAAAUCUGUAUGCUGUGAUCUCCCCCUAGUGGUGACUGCAGAAGAUACACCAAUCAGUAAUAACAUUAAAACCUGAUGUGUAGCUGGUGCUCUGACCUGUUGAGUCCCAGACUCCAUUAGGUAUCAGCAGCAGAUCAUAAGGUGCGGCCCCCAUGGAUCAGACGAGUUUCCCCAGCACAUCCCACCGAACAUUGAGGGGGUACAUGUCACAGUAACAUCCACGUGAUGCCAGGACCCAAGGUUUCCUUUACUAUGCUUGUCAAGAGUCACAUUCGUAUAGAGUCCCUGUCUAUACGAUGGUUGCAUGCAAUUCAAGAAAGAAAAAAAGAAUUCACCGGAGUUCUGCUUUAAAGAGUACCUGUCAUGUCCCACAAAAAAAAGUUUAUAUAUAUAUGUUACUCAGUACCUAAUCCUGAUCAUGUAAAUAUAAUUUUUAUGUGUCUAGCACCUAUAUUUCUCUCAGAAAUACCUUCUAUCUGUUGCUGACUUGCUUAGUCAUCCUGUGCUCUGGAAGGGGCGUGUCCUCAUUCUGCAUGAUUCCUCCUCCCUGAGUCUGCUGUGCUGUGUCUCUUCAUCCAAUCACAAAAGGCUGCUCUUUAAUCCCCUCCCCUCGGCUGCAGCCUGAUAGGACAGGAGUAAGCACAGAGGAGUGCUAGUCUCGCCCUCACUUCCUGGACUUUGUCCCUGCUUGUACUCCAUCUGGGACAUAGAUGAUGCUGCAGGCGGACAGCAUUAAAGUGGUUAUCCAAGAAAAAACUUUUUUUUACAUAUAUCA